AUGGCAGACGUCAAUAUUGCACAAAAUCUUGAAGGGUUGAAGCCCACAAUUGAUGAAGUGAAGAGACAGGCCAGCGACUUAAAUGGAUCUCUUGGGUUCGACCCAGAGGUUCUAAGCAAAACGUAUACGGCGGAGAAGAAUGCACGACUAGAGUCAGGUAAUACCUCGACAUAUCGACACGUCAUAAAGUCCGGAUUGGGCCACUUCUUAGACGACCCUUGGAGUGCAUCGCACAUUGUUCGCGAACCUGUGCAAGCCCAUCAUGAGGUCAUCAUUGUUGGCGGAGGAUUCGGGGGCCUGCUCAUGGCAGUCAGACUCCUACAGGCCGGCAUCAAUGACAUCUUGAUCAUUGAAAAGGGCAGUGAUUUUGGUGGCACCUGGUACUGGAAUCGAUAUCCCGGCGCGCAAUGCGAUAUAGAGUCCUACAUCUAUAUGCCUCUCCAAGAAGAGCUGGGGUACGUGGCAAAGGAAAAGUACGCUCGUGGACCUGAGCUGUUUCAGCAUGCCCAAAAUAUUGCCAAGAAGUACAAAUUGUACGAAAAUGUGCUUUUCCAGACAGAGGUGAAAAGUUUCAGAUGGGGCGAGGAAGCAUCUAUCUGGACUGUUGAGACUCAGCGCGGAGACAAUUUGCAAGCUCAGUGGGUCAUCCCAGCGGCUGGUCCCUUACACACGCCCAAAUUUCCCGGGGUUCCUGGCAUCGAGGACUUUGAGGGUGUUAGUUUUCACACCUGCCGUUGGGACUACAAUUACACCAAAGGGAAUCACUAUGGCAAUCUGAUAGGCCUUUCAGACAAGAGGGUUGCUAUUAUUGGAACAGGAGCGUCUGCAGUUCAAGUAGUGCCACGGGUCGGGGAAUGGGCCAAGCAGUUGUACGUGUUUCAGAGGACGCCGUCAUCUGUUGAUAUCCGUGACAAUCGACCGACGGACCCAGACUGGGCCCGUUCACUUAAGCCAGGCUGGCAGCAAGCACGGAUGGACAACUUCAACUCCAUUGUCAGCGGUACGCCCACUGACGAGGACAUGGUCAAUGACAAGUGGACAGAGAUCCUCCGCGCCGUGGCCGGUGGGUUUGGGGCUGGUGGCGACGACACGUUGAGUCCCGAGGAGCUGGCGGCGAAAAUGCAGCUCGCAGAUUUCAGACAGAUGGAGACCAUUCGAGCACGUGUUCAAGACUUGGUCAAAGAUCCAAAAACGGCAGAGGCCUUGAAGCCAUGGUACAAUCAGUUUUGUAAGCGGCCUUGUUUCCACGACGAGUAUCUCCAGACCUUUAACCGUCCAAACGUCACGCUGGUCAAUACGCAUGGGCGAGGCGUGGAAGCAGUCACCAAGAAGGGGAUCAUUGCCAACGGCAAGGAGAUUGAACUAGACUGUAUCAUCUACGCAACCGGAUUUGAAUGGCAACAAGAGUGGUCCCACCAGACUGGGACGCAAAUCUACGGCCGGAAAGGCUUGACCAUAACGGAAAAGUGGGCAGAUGGGGUAUCAACGUUCCACGGCUGGGGCGUCAACGGAUUCCCGAACCUUCUCAUGGUCUCGAUUGCCCAAUCUGGUUCGACUCCCAACUAUGUACACAGCGCCAAUUUUAUGAGUCAGCACUUUGCGUACAUCGUCAAGAGUUGCAAAGAUCGUGGCAUCAGGACUAUAGAGCCGACUGCAGAAGCAGAAGCUGAAUGGGUGCUAGAGAUUCUCAAAGUUGGUGCGCCCAGAGCCCAGUUCCUAAAAGAGUGCACGCCGGGCUACUACAAUGAAGAAGGAAAAAUGUCAGAGAAGGUGACACGCGCGAAUCCGUAUGGUGGCGGUGGAGUUCAAUACCUCAGUAUCCUGACUGAAUGGAGGAAUGAAGACAAGCUGGCCGGGCUUCAGAAAACCCCGGUCGAGGUUUUGCCUUCCUAUUAG